AUUGACAGCCACAAAWUGAAAUCAACAAGAGUAGCUGCGAGAUCAAGUAACUUGGACACUUCACUUGCGAUUUGAACACAAAUCAUUCAUUUGGAUUUACGAAUUCACACCACAAGUUGCUGGGCUGUUGCUCGUGGUUUUAUUUCAUCAUUUCAGUUCCUUGAAUCCAAGAUGGUCAAGCCAGAAAUCAAGGGCGACAAGCCUAAGCUGUUGCCUUCGGAAUCGAGUGACGAUUCCAACAUGGACGUCGACGGGAAGUUUUUCAUGGCGAAAGACAGCGAAGAUGGCGAAGUUAUAGUAACUUUCGAUGAAACUAGAGGCCGUAAAGGCCCGAGAAUAUGCGUGUUUGUUGGCCUGUUUGUCUUUGUACUGGUCGUUGGGUUUCUAUCUGUAUAUUUGAUUGGUCGCACGCAUGGAAACAAGACUGAACAUGACAGAAGAGCUAAUAUGGCUGACGACAUUGCGCAAAUCCCCACCAGGACCCCUGACUUAUCAAACACAAGCAAACUAUGGCAGAAGAAUGCAUCGUGGGAAACCCGUGAAGAACUAUUCCAAUUAUCUGACACAAUAGGAGCCAGUGAUAUUAUUGGUUUAAAGCCAAUCUACAGAAAAGAUCUGCCUUCAAAUUAUAUUGCUUACUGGGAAGUGAAGUUGAAUUCAAAGACGGGAGAAAAGUAUGUCAUUAUUUCUGCAGCAAAAGAGACAGGUGACCAUCGCCUUGCUCAAGAAGGCUCGCUUCCAAGUCCACUGGACUUACUGUCUGACUCGGCCAGACUGUUUGGUCAUAGCUGUCACAAGGUUUAUCGACUGACACCUGAUGGGCUGAUGGUCUGUGAAGACAAGUCACUUGGGAGGCUUGUUGCCGCAACUAGAGAUAUAGAGACAGAUUCCGAGGUGUGUCAAAAACCAACUCGACAAACCUACGACAACGAUAAUGACGAUCAUUUCGAUGAUGACUUUGAUGAUGAUGAUGAUGAUGAUGAUGACGAAGUCGAGGAAUUAGGAAUCAAGCCGGGACAAAUGUUUAAGAUUCCUCUAGGACCAGGAAGUUUUACGGAAGGCAAUUUUCCAUGCAGAAUUAAAUUCGCUGGACUGCGAAAUUCCAAAUUGCAUGGGCGGAAAAAGAAAAACUGGCUUAACCGUUGGCAGCGUCGCUUAUGCCGCGUACUCGACAAUGCUUGCGAGGGAUCGGAUCUUACGCGCGUAAAGCAACGUUAUUUCAAGCAGACGAUGAUGGGUGAUCGCUACAUAAAACUUCAAAUCAAAUCAGAUAGUCGUUACGUACGGAGACAGCUUCAAGGCCAAGAGAUACGUUUCCGUAUCGAGAUACGGACAACCCGUAAAAAGGCCGUCGUCGUCAACUACGGAAUUAUUCUAAAGACAUCGAGACAUGGAAGAUCAAUUCAUGACACUGAACAUAAAAUCGAAUACCCACAAUGGUUCCCAACCUAUAAACAGCACCGUCAUGGUCAUUGUUGGACGGGAUCUGGUGCAGUGGCCUGGGGAAUGGUGCUUGGGUAUUUGGACAAUCUUGCACAUCGAGUGCCMCAUCUCAAAUAUCCGAAAAAUCUUCUCGGUGUUUCGUCUAAGCCAGUGUCCCUCGACAUGGACAAGACAUCUCAACUAUUCAUAGAGAAGAUCCACAACAUACUUAAAAGCGCAUGCUCAACGCAUGGGGCUGYUGACACCUCACYAGCAAAAAUGAAACGAAUUGAAAAAUUGCUGAAAAAUACGAACUUACGCCUUGAAGUCAAAUCCGACAUGUCGAACCCAGAGGAUGUGACUUCUCGUGCGUUAGAACUGCUUGAACAAGGCUUCCCCGUAAUCGUUAGCAGAGAGAGAGGAACACCGCAUCAUCAUUAUUAUUCGGUCGCCACUCGACUUCGUCUUCGCUCUCGUCGGCAUUACAGAACCUGUCGUCGACAUACUUGUGGCCGCUAUCGAGAAGAUGUUACAAAGGAAAUAUACGUUCGCAUGGGACUAGGGCCGARGGGAGAUAGGUGGGAGAACGCUGACUCUUAUUUCAUGGCCGCUAUUAUAGCAAAGCGCUAAAUGCAUCGUUCCUCUUUCUACUAUAAAUUKUCUGUAUUUUCGAUAGUGCGGCGAUGCUUAGCGAUAAUUGACCGAUUGUUAUCCGAAGAUUAUCGAUCACUUGCCGRACAUUUUUGAGGCACUUACCAAUAAUGUACAUAAWUGCAUUAACGAUGACCUUUUCGGUCUUAUUGGAACAUUGCUACAAACAUUGCGAUUUGACCACAUUUGAUACGAACAUUGAUUGAACAUUGUACGAGCUGUCAUUCGAUCACUUUACGAGCAUUUUACGAACAUUUACGACCGUUUUUCUGGUCAUUGACAAUGGACUUCUGGGAUCUACUCAUUUUCAAAGCUUUGUCGACCUAUGUACAAAUAUAUURAUAUGCUAAUCAUAAUGCGUCAGUGAUSUUUUCAUAUAAACAUAACGCCAUCGAUUUUUGAACGACGUUGACGAUCUUUGAAGUAAUGGCGACUUGUCACUUGCAACUUGGGAAUAAAGAACUUUACUGACUGGAUUAGUUCCACGUUUUACUAUAUGAUCAUCGUUGCUAAGUCGACCAAAGCAAUAUCCAUGUAAAAUAGAACGGAACGUAUCAUGACUUAAUAAUACUUUGGAAAAGGGAAACUAUGCCAUCUCGUCCAAUCAUCUUCGUACUAACAUCAAUCUACAGCACGUGACAACGACCAAGUGCACGUUACCAGGACAACCAUGUGCAUGCUUCUGAGGAAAUUCCUUGCACGUUACCAAGACAACCGCAUUAUCUGUUCUGUAUAACAUGAAAGAAAAUCAUCUACUUGUAAUUACACGACUACCUUGUUCGCGAUUUUGAAACCUAUUCUUUUUCGGCGGGAAAGAAGGUCCGACCAAAGGGUACACUACGAAGGAACACCAGCAMAAAUAURAYGUGGGAGCCAAAUAUAUGUUUCCUUGACAACGUGCUUGCUACCAUGACAACCGCGUGCCUGAAUUCAAUGCGACCACAUGCGUAGUCAUCGCGUAGUAAAAAUACGUAAGAUUGCUGAGUAUAGUACAAUUUGCGUGAUGGCACUAUCAACCGUACUACGCGAAAUAACUUGCGCGCGAAUUUCAUGAACUGGAUAAAAAUCGUUGUAUUAUGAUAUCUUACAUUGUGGUAUGGUAUGCCAGGUCAGCAUUCUGCUUUCGUGUAUAUUUUGUAAUUAUUGUCGAAUAUUUCUAAAUGUAAUAAAAAGCUYCUAUUUCAAAACG